CUUUUUUUUCCAUUGAAAAUGGAUUUUACUGUUCUUUCUUUGUGUUUUUGUUUCAAAAUACCGUUUCAGUGACUUUCAACCGAGUCUGCUGCAGAGGAUCUUUUGGUAGCUUCAAGAUUCCCAUAACAACUUGAACCGUAAUAGAACUUGUCAUCGACAGAGAGCUCUUCACUUUCCUCUUCUGUCUGGUAAAUGAAUGGCGCGGCUUGUUAUGAAGCCGUUAAUCCUAUUCUUCUACGGGUAACUAUAGAUUCAGUGCGUGGUUACUCCACCGUCCUCGUUCUUUCUCCUCCCAACACUCAUGGCACACUCAGCAGGUGGAGAACUUACCCUUUCUCCGUCGAGGUUGAGUUUGUCGCCCCGUAGACAUACUCUUUCGCAGGCAGAUAGAGUACAGAGUUUCACAAGUAUAUCGACAGAGUCACCGUACACUGCUGGAGCGGGUUCGAGGUUGGUUACAAUAUCCGACCAAUUCAAUUUAUCGCCAGACCCUCGUGAAUGGGGGUCCAGUUUAUAUGACGAUUGCGAGGAACCCGACGACGACCUUCACAAUCCCAAUGUCGGGGAUCAUCACACUUGGGGCCCUCAUCGUGGUCUAGCAAACGUUGGGUGCCUGCUUGUCGUCUGCAUUGGAUUAGUUACCCUUUUCGCCGGAUACCCAAUAAUUACGUAUUUCACAGGGACUGCGCUAACAAAUCAAGGUGGGUUCAACCUUGGGGGAAUAAAUGGAAGCGGACAAAUACCAAAAAUCUCCGGCAAGUUGGGUCUGAUCGACGCCGACACGCCCAACAACGCGUUUACAAAGCCCUCCUGGAAUGGUGGGCCGGAUAUGGCGCUCGUCUUCUCUGACGAGUUCAAUACCCCAGGGAGAACAUUCUGGCCCGGUGAUGAUCCAUACUGGGAAGCAGCCAAUCUACAUUACUGGCAAACGAACAACCUGGAGUGGUAUGACCCUGAGGCGAUCACCACGCAAGACGGUUAUCUUGUGUUGACAUUGUCUCAAAAGGAGACACAUGACCUGAACUUUCAGGGCGGCAUGAUGUCCACAUGGAAUAAAUUUUGUUUCACUGGUGGAUACAUAGAAGCGUCCGUCUCGUUGCCUGGCGUGAACAACGUGGUUGGAUUAUGGCCCGCUAUCUGGACUCUUGGUAAUCUUGGUCGGGCCGGCUAUGGCGCAACCUUAGAAGGAAUGUGGCCGUACACCUAUGACGCUUGUGACGUCGGCACUGUAGCAAAUCAAACCGUGAAUGGCUCGCCCGUAGCAGCCACUGAAGGUGGAGACCCAUUUCAUGGCGGGGUCUUGUCUUUCCUCCCCGGUCAGCGGCUCUCACGGUGCACUUGCAAAGGCGAGUCGCACCCAGGUCCUAUGCAUUCAGAUGGGACAUAUGUCGGGCGUGCGGCUCCUGAGAUCGACAUGUUCGAGGCACAGAUUACGGGGGAGCCUCUUACAGGUCAGGUUUCCCAAUCAGCACAAUGGGGUCCUUUCAAUGCUGGUUACAUCUGGAAAAAUACAAGCGAUAACGAAAUAAUACCAAACCCAUCGGUCACAGUUCUAAACACCUACAUCGGUGGAGUGGAGCAGCAGGCUACCUCCGGCGUGACAGAAACGAAUCAAGGUUGCUACGAGGGUGAGACGGGAUGUUUUUCGGUGUACGGUUUCGAGUAUGUUCCUGGAUUCGAUAACGCGUACAUAACGUGGAUAUCCGACAAUGAAGUUGCUUGGACACUGAACGUCGCGGGCAUGGGGCCCGAUCCCGCUGUCAACAUUUCUGCUCGACCUAUACCGCAGGAGCCAAUGUACAUCAUUAUGAACUUGGGCAUGUCCACUAAUUUUGGUCUUGUCGACCUGGACCACUUGCCUUUCCCUGUAAACAUGCGCGUGGACUAUAUCCGUGUAUACCAGCCAUCAAACGCGCGGAACAUUGGGUGUGACCCGAAAGAAUUCCCAACAGCGGAUUAUAUUAAUACGUACAUCGAGGCAUAUACCAACCCCAACCUUACCACGUGGCAAAACGACUACAAUCAGCCCUUCCCCAAGAACUCAUUCCUAGGCGAAUGCUAGAUUGUUUUUCUUUGCCUGUAACUGUCGACCCAUCACGUCUAUGACAUUGCUUUUCUAACCCCUUCGCUGUAUCGGUACAACUGCACCUGACUUUACCUUUUCCCUGUGCCCUUCCUCAUAUUCCUCAUAUGCCUCACAUAAUAUUCCAUCGCUCGUUUGCAUAUCGCGUUUUCGCUCGCUUUCAUUUGUGCGUCUCUCCUUCGCCCCAUUACUCGAUUAUCACCCCCCGUUUAUUCGGCCUACAAUUAAGUACGCUCGACGUGGUUCCAUGGAAUUCAACCAUUGCAUCAUUAUUCGUAUUGAGUAGGAACGCUGUACACACCAAUAGACUACACUACGAAUCAUUGAUUCUGCAGAACGUGUCUGCGGACUGUUGCAUUACUUACAUUCACGACAUGUGUAUGUACUUAAGGCUGGAUAGACGUCAUUCACCCACACCAUGGCGACAUGCAC